CCCCCUUCUACCCUCAACGUAAACCCAAGACCUUCUGAAAAUGGCAUCUUCUGCCCCUUUUGUCUUCGAUCUCCUCUAAAACCCUAAAAUAAUACUCGCAUCAACUCUUUUACCUACACUCUCUCUAUUAAAUAUCGACCUCCUUCGUUGCUCAGUUUUUCAUCAAUUCUCUCUCUCACCUUCUCUCUCUGUUUCUUAUCUCGGCCUGGAAGAUUGAUAUCUAAAAUAGUUUGAUUUAUCACAAAUCGAAGACAACUGCGUUCAUCUUUUUAAUCAUUAAUACCCUUUUUUUUUCAAUCUAUUUUAGUAUCAAUCUGAAGAAAAAAGGAAACAUUUUCAAAUAAGGAAUAGAUUUUGGUUUUGAUUUUACCAAGUGUUUGUUUUCUGAUUUUCGAUGUUUCUCUGCAUGGAAACUCGAAAGGGCUCAUUGAGUCAUUUUCGCAAACACUUGGACUACAUAAACGAGCUAAAAUCCGUUUGUUUCAACAGGAAUUCAGCCAACAUUACAGCACUUUUUUUGCUUACUCUUCUUAUUCUCUCUUCUCAUCUCGUUUCAGGUAAGUCGUCCGAUGAAGUGGUAGCCGUUACACUUUCAGAUUAUUCAGCUCUCCAAUCCAUCAAACAAGAUUUCGUUGAUUUCAGAGGAGUCUUGAGGACCUGGAAAGACAGAAAUGGCGUUUGCUCAGGUGGAUGGGUAGGCAUCAAGUGUGAUCAAGGUCAAGUCAUCGCGAUACAGCUUCCAUGGAAGGGAUUAGGCGGCAUGAUCUCGUCAAAACUGGGAAAUCUCCAAUCACUCCGAAGAAUCAGCCUCCAUGACAACUUAUUAACAGGCCCUAUUCCGCAAUCUCUAUGGCUCUUACCAAAUCUACGAGGCGUUUAUCUCUUCAACAAUCGGCUUUCAGGUUCAAUCCCACAAUCUAUUGCUCGAUCACCAUCGUUGCAGAAUCUCGAUUUGAGCAACAAUAAGCUCAAUGGUUCCAUCCCUCACAUUUUCUCGAAUUCGAGUAAAAUUUACAGAUUUAACCUCAGUUAUAAUGCCUUUUCUGGCUCCAUACCACCAAGUUUUACCCUUUUGCCUUCACUCACAUUCCUAGCUCUCGAACACAACAAUCUCUCGGGUUCCAUUCCUGACGCCUGGAGCUCUGGUCAACUCACAUCUUUGACUCUCGAUCAUAAUUUUCUCACUGGAAAGAUUCCAACUUCAUUGAGUAAGAUGGGUGAUCUCGAAAAGAUUAAUCUUGGCCAUAAUCACAUUGAUGGGAUUAUACCAAAUGAACUUGCGAAUCUCUCUAAGCUUCAAAUCUUGGAUUUGUCAAACAACGCCAUUAAUGGAAGCUUUCCUUCUUUUACUUCUUCUAAUCUUUCGGUUCUGAUAUUGGAUAACAACAGAUUGAAUGGUCCAAUUCCUGAUACCAUUGGAAACCUUUCUUUUCUCACCAAACUCAGCUUAUCCCACAACGGUUUCAAUGGCGGAAUCCCUAAAUCCAUUGAUAAUUUGAAGAAACUUGAUUCUUUGAAUCUUUCUUACAACUCUCUUUCCGGGGCUGUUCCUUCUUCACUUUCAAAGAAAUUCAAUUCAAGUUCUUUCGUGGGUAAUCUCCAGUUAUGUGGAUACAGCAUUUCCACACAAUGCCCUUCUUCCACCAUUUCACCUUCUCCAUCUUCUCCACUUGUUCUCCCUUCAAACAAAAACAAAAAAGGCCGAAAACUUAGCACAAAAGAUAUCAUCCUCAUAGCAGCAGGAGCCCUUUUGCUUGUUUUGCUUCUCUUAUGCUGCUCACUUCUCUGUUGCCUAAUCCGAAAGAAAGCAGCAAGAUCCAAAUCCAAGAAGGGCAAAACCGACAUUUCAAUGCCGGUAACAGUUCCAUCCGGGGGUGAAGUAGUAGAAACAGGUGAAACCGGGGGCAAACUGGUCCAUUUCUCAGGCGCUUUUGUGUUCACUGCUGAUGAUUUGUUAUGUGCAACUGCUGAAAUAAUGGGAAAGAGUACAUAUGGAACAUCUUAUAAGGCCACAUUAGAAGAUGGUAAUAUGGUUGCUGUUAAAAGAUUAAGAGAAAAAGUUACAAAAGCACAGAAAGAAUUUGAGAGUGAAGUUUCUGAGCUUGGAAAGAUUCGACAUGCGAAUGUAUUGGCCCUUAGAGCAUAUUAUAUGGGACCUAAAGGAGAGAAGCUUCUUGUAUUUGAUUACAUGCCACGUGGCAGUCUUGCUUCCUUCCUCCAUGCUCGUGGGCCUGAAAGUGUGAUAAACUGGUCAACAAGAUUGAACAUAAUCGUGGGUAUAACAAAAGGCCUGGUGUUCCUCCAUAGCCAAGAGAACAUAAUCCAUGGAAACCUAACUUCAAGCAACGUGUUACUCGAUGAACAGACAAACCCCGCAAUUGCAGAUGUGGGUUUAUCGAGAUUGAUGACAAACGCAGCCAACACAAACGUGAUUGCAACCGCCGGAACCCUAGGUUACAGAGCGCCGGAGCUUUCAAAGCUGAAGAAAUCAAACACGAGAACCGAUGUGUACAGUUUGGGUGUGAUUAUGUUGGAGAUGUUGACCGGAAAAUCUCCCAGCGAAGCAACAGAUGGACUGGAUUUGCCUCAGUGGGUGGCGUCGAUUGUGAAAGAAGAGUGGACGAAUGAGGUUUUUGAUUUGGAACUUAUGGGGGAUCCGGCGAAUGUUGGUGGUGAUGAGUUGUUGAGUACUUUGAAAUUGGCUAUGCACUGUGUGGAUCCUUCGCCGGAAGAAAGGCCGGAAGCAAAACAAGUCCUCGAAAAGCUUGAGGAGAUUAAACCGGAGGUUGGUCAGACUUCUGAUGAUGCUGCUGUGGAGGUCGCCGGAGUUUCAUCAAAAAGUGAAUGAAGGAUAGAGAUGGAGGACAAGAAGCAUUAUUCUUUUGUAAGAUAUAUACGUAUAUGAUUGAUUGAUUGUAUAAGUUAUAAAGUGUGUAGAUACAUUGAAUUCGUUGAUUCUUUUCGUAACAAUAAAACAUCAUUCAGUUUGAAUUUUUUCAACAUAUCGGCUUAAUUACUUUAUUCAUUAC